CGUGAUGGGGUGAACCGCGUUGGUGAACGCCGGGAACCAAUCGGUUAUACGCGGGCUGGGGUUCGCCAGCUUCCCAAGCGCAGCGUCUAUCCAUGUUAAAUCGUGUCAAGUUGCGUGUGACAGAGCCAAUUUCGCGCAAUCGUGCGAUCGCUCCGCCACGCAAUCGCGCGGCGAAUCGAUACGGUUCGAAUAACUGGGAUGCCGAUUCGCGUGGACGAGGGCUUCGAUCGAGCGGAGCGUAUCGCUAAGUUAAUUAUCGGAACGCGAUAUCCCGACUGUAUCUUGAUCAAACUGUCCAGCAGCUAAUCUCCGCCAGUGAUGGUCCCUGUUGAUAGCGAGCACGUUUCGCAAAUAACGUGCAAGAUUCCCGCCCGCCAGCUGAUGGUUUCCCCCGCGCGCUGUCUUCAUUCAGAGCGCCCGCGAUGGCGUUCUCCACGGUCUAUCUAUCGACGUUUUGUGCGAAAGUUGCGCGUGUUGCUGGUGAUACAUGACGAUAAUACCCUUUAUCUUCGCGCUAUCGACUGUCACGAUCGAAAGCUACGGAGACACGGCGCUCUAGUGCACCCCGGAGAGCUGCUCUCUCUCUCUCUCUCUCUCUCUCUCUCUCUCUCUCUCUUGUCGAUAUCCGGUCUGUUUUAUGAAUGGGCUACGCUACUGCGUCAGGAGAGGGUCUCCCGAUAAUCAGGCUUCCGUGGCCUUUCAGCGCAAACGUUCUCCAGAGGAUUUUCGAGUCGGAGAACGGGAAAUUGCUACCGUAUUUCCUCAUUUUGUCGCUUUCGUUCGUCCUUCACGCGUUUCUCAAAUUUUUCUUUCGACAUCGAUCAGCUCGACUAAUUUAUAAUGUAAUAAUAAGCGUGAAAACGCAUAUCCUCUUCAAGAAACAUACGAGAUGUACAGCGCGAGGUCAAGGGUGCAGCACGACCUCGACCAGAAGUUAAUUGUUCGGCAAGGAUCUCUCUCCCCCCCCCCCUCUCGUCGUGGCCUUCCUCGAAUUUCGCAGGGUUGUCCGCUGCUGCCGUCGCGCGUCUCUCAUGUAGAUCGACUUCCGCAAUUUUGUUCGCGCGACACAACGCACGAACAACGCAUGAAUCAAAAUCCCCCCGGUAUCAGGCGCGCUUAACCGAACUUCGCGGGGACGCGACGCGACACUACGCGCCAUCGCGCGACCGCGACGUGACGUGAAUUCGCCAUGAGCCCGACUGAUCCGCAUGCGGAUUCGCGGAUUCUCCCUGAGAGUGAGAUCUCGCUCGGUUCCUCUUCGUUCGCUUUGUCUUCUGCCGUGCUGCGUUCAGAAGCGAGUGAGCUCUUCAUAUUAGGGAAAACGGGAAGAAGAGAGAGAGAGAGGGGAGGGGGAGAGGAGAGAGGGAGGGAAGGAAGGAGGCAACUUUGUCGUAACUUCAUCCCACGAUCCGCUCUUUCUCUCCGUGGAGACUGCGCGUCCUGUUCCAUUGUUAUUCCGUUUCAAGUUUUUACCAAGUUCCGACGACGGCGGACGGGUUCUCGUUUCGAAUCAGGCUCACGGCGUGUCGCGGACCGUAUUUUUCUAUCUUCACUUAAUCUUCGACGAAUUGGAGGCUGUGCCUUUUUAGCCGAGAAUUUUCGUUGUCUUCAAUCGCGACUCAAUUAAUCCGCUUGGACGCUACAAAGAGAUUGGGAUAGAUAUAGAAAGCACGGGAAAGGACGCGAUUCAUUAUUCACUGACACCAAUGACGUCCCGAUAAAUACGCUGAUAUAACCGAGCUCGCGUUUCUUCUGUCAUAUAAUCAAUUCGCGCAUCUCUAGAAUGAUUACCUCAAUACUCUUUUUUAACGACAAUUUAUUAUUUCCCUCGAUCGUUCUUUACCGCUCUACUAUAUUAAGAGAGAUAAUCAAAGAAAAAUUAAAGGCCACAAACGAGCAAAGUGUUAUUUUUGAUGAUAAAAUUUAUUUUCGCUUAAUCAUAUACCGUACGUUUCUACUUACUCAGUCUUCUUCAGCAGCAUUAAUAAAUAAUGUUAAAAUUAAAUAAAUCAAGACGUGCACAUUCAAAUAAAUACAAAUGUAAUUGUAAAUUUGAUAAUCUAUCAGACUCACUUAAUUUCACGCUAUGUUGCAGAUAUUUAAAAAAAAUCAAAUUAAAUUUUUUAUAAUAAAUAAAACUGAUAGUGACAAAUACAAGUAAAAAAAGAUAAGCUUUUUUCGACCAAAAAACCUUCAUGCCUAAUAUUAUAUGUCUAAAUUUAUGAACAUUUUCUAAUUUUGUAAAGCGUAUGUCAACAAUUUUGUUGGUUUUAAGAACGGCAAUCUCACUAAUAUGUUUUUUUUUAAAUAAAAAAUUGAAUUUUUUAAUUAAACUGCAGAUUCAUAUUUUCUUAUAAUUUUGUUUUUUGUGAGUAGUUAUAAAACCUAGUAGUAAUAAUAAACUGAGGUAAAAAGUGAAGAAAGAGAAACAUUGUAAUAAAAGUUAUCGUUUCGGAGUAACAAACGGCUUGAUAUAUAUUCUUUCACGGCAUCCGGAAAACGAUAGGAUUAAAGGCGUUCGUCGUAGCGGAACAAGCGAAUCGCGACAGCGAGAGCUAAGGAAAUACAUUUAGUGGAAAUUCCGUUUAAUCCCGGGAUAAGGUUGGAGAUACCGUAACGCCGUUGGCCUUUAAAGCCCUGCACAUAAUGGCCUAGAAGGGAUUGGCUAACGCAAGUUCUGAACGUAGCUUGUAUCGGUCGUCCGGUCUUACGACCUUUGAAACUUUAAUAUGCUCGACAUCUGAAGUAACAUUGUACCUUUGCGUAUGACAUUCAUUUUGCAUUAAACUCUCGAAAGACGGAAAUACGUCUCCGUUACGGGUCAUCGGUAUUCGUUUAAUCUUCAAUUGGGGAACAAAUUUCUCUAUUACGUAAUCGCUUUGAUGAACUCCUGCAACGUUUUCCAGCCUCUUCUCCGAGUUGGUCUUAAUUUCCCGAUACGAUCUUCGCGAAUUGAAGCUCGUCGGCGCCCUUCAAAACUUCACUUCCGAAGAGACCAAGCGAUGCGAUUAAUGAUCCCGCGAAGCUUAUCGCGCCGGAAAAUUGUCCCCCGCUUACCUCGACACCCGCCCAUAAUUCGCGGUUCGAACGCGCUUAAGUUUCUAAUUUCUAAUACUAAUUUCCGCGCUGACGCUGCAGAACAGUUGCGCCCGUCGAGUGCGAAAGAAAAAUGGGAAGCUGCGAUCCCGAAACUGAUUCACGGGAGAGCUCGCGUCCUCAUUAAAAUUCCCUCCUGUCUUCUCCGCAGAAAAAGCAAUAUCAUCGAAAGAAAAGUCUACGUGGGAGGCAUAUCAAAGAAUCGACCCCGUUAGCAGGACGACGCGAGUGAUGCUGAGUAGCCCGUGUCGUAAUUAAAUCGAUUAAGUACACUUCCCAUCCUGCCCGUCCGCACAUCUCGAGCAAAUUAAAUCAAACUGUAUCGCUCGCGAUUCGGCACCGCCGUGCCCUCGACGCAAAUUUAUCGGCAAACUCGGACGCGCUAUUCUCUGGUGAGAAGAAAAAGUUUCCGCCGUUCUGCAAAACACUCACCGCCUUCGGAUUGAAUUCACCGGCGAACUUGUCGAGGCGAAGAGUACCGGUUUGGCGAGGGCUCAACGAGGGGGAGGAGGAGGAGGAAAUUGCGGCACGGGCGAGGAAACUUAUCGAGUGGAAUUCGAUAGAGAGUACCUCCGCGGCCGCCACGAAACAGGAGAAGUCAAGGAACUUCUGGGCGGGGUAGACGCGAGAGAGGUCUCGCGCCUCGAGAAAUUUAUCGUCCAGCAAAUCCAUCCUGUCUUCGUGAAGCAGCGCGAAAGCGUCGUCUCUUAUCCCGGUGCGCCCGUCGGAACGCGAACGCCGUUCCUCGGUCUGUCGACUGCAAUUUAGCGAGAUCGGGAGAUGCGAGGUGGACGGUGAGAAUCCGCUACGAAAGAGAUCCAGCGGUAGAAGCGGAGUCCUCGAGUCCUCUCGGCGAGAGGAGAUCGGUGUAACUUGCACACGUUAAACCCGCUUCGUCUCCAGGCUACGAGGAUGGGCAAGAAAAACAGCAAGCUCAAGCAGGAUACCAUCGAUCGUCUCACCACCGACACGUACUUUACCGAGAAGGAGAUUCGUCAAUGGCACAAAGGAUUCCUAAAGGAUUGCCCCGAUGGAUUGCUGACAGAACAGGGCUUCAUAAAGAUCUACAAGCAGUUCUUCCCUCAGGGUGACCCGUCAAAGUUUGCCUCCCUCGUCUUCAGAGUCUUCGACGAGAAUGCCGACGGCACGAUAGAGUUCGAGGAGUUCAUAAGAGCGCUCUCGGUGACGUCGCGCGGCAACCUGGACGAAAAGCUUCACUGGGCCUUUCGUUUGUAUGACGUGGACAAUGACGGCUUCAUCACAAGGGACGAGAUGUACAAUAUAGUCGACGCGAUAUAUCAGAUGGUUGGACAGCAGCCGCAAGCCGAGGACGAGAACACUCCACAGAAAAGGGUCGACAAAAUCUUCGACCAGAUGGACAAAAACCACGACGACAAGCUCACGCUCGAGGAAUUCCGGGAGGGUAGCAAGGCCGACCCGAGGAUCGUCCAGGCGCUCUCGCUGGGUGGCGAGUAACCCCAAUUUUCAUCACAGGCGGCACACGAUCCUUCGAAAACGGGAGUCUCCACGUCGUCAUUAUCGUAAUUAUGUGUGACGUCGAGCUGGGCGAGCCGCUCGUCUCGAUAAUCGGCCGACGAGAAAAGACCUUGGGAGAAAAGGCAAGUCCACAUCCGCGCGGUUUGGCAUGCACGUGUGAAUAAAAUAGGCAAUAACGUGAACGAGGAGCGAGGCGUCGGUGAUGUUGAGAUUUGCGAAUAUUUUUGAAGAGAUCUUUCUCUCGUGUCGAAGAGCUAGUCCACCACUUCUUUUCUACUCUCUCACUCUAUACUGAUCUCUUUCUCUCUACACUGUACGUAUCUCUCGCUCUUUCGGAGAAGAUCGGUUCUCGUUCCCCGUUGGUGAAUCGAUCCCUCCGUCUUCGUUUACGAUCCGAUUUCGAGAAUCUCGAUGCUAAUGUAACAGUAGAUGUCUAGCAGUUCGAGCAGUCGUAGCUUUCAAGGAGACUGGACACGUGGCGAAUUACAUUUUUAGCUAGAGAGCAUGCAGGACUUGGACUACGAAUAAAUUGUUAUAGUGCGAACAAUGAAGACAUACGAAUCACGGAAGGGAGCAUCCCCGUUCGGGGCGGGUUCCCUCGAAAGCAGUUUCCUUUGUCGCAUUGCUCCUCCUCUGCGGCUCCAUUAUUCCGUUGGCAAAGUAACGUCACGAUAAUACGGGUAACGAGUAAAAUUCGAAUACACUCGACGCGAGCACGCCGCUCGGAAUUUCAACAAGGCUCGCCGCGGCUAUUUCCGAUUAUUGCAAGCGCGCAGCCUCACAUUAGGGAAAAAGGAAAGAAGAGCGGAAAAGAGAACGGUAGCGAGGGCGGGUAGCGGAGAGAAAUUGCCGCAGGGAAAAGCAUUCAAAUGUGGACAGCUGAUCGCGUAUUGUGCGACUUUGUGCGUAGCGAACGCGACCGCAAACAAAAUAAGGGGACACAAUGAGCCCGUGGAUAUUUCAAUAACGUCGAGCGGAAGAGUCCAGAGAAACAUGUAAAUUUUGCGACAAUGAAUAGCGCAGUGGUAAUUCGACUUGUUUUAUUUUUCCUCUUUCUUUUUAUAUACAUCGCGCGCGCGUUCUAUUGAAAAGGACCCCGCGCAAUCCUUGUAGAAAUUGGAUUUCGGUGUAAUUGGCUGAAAAUUUCGUAUGUUGUGUUUGAUAUCUUGUCACCAAUGAUGAACAGUCUCUACGACCGCCAAUAAGUGACCAUUUGACCUCGGCGAGACGCCAUUUGUCAAGUAUCUAAGAUCACAAUAUUUUACUUUCAACGGGUCCUACACGAUCAAUAAUUCCGAUCAGUAAUAUCGACAGUGUGCAUCAAUAUUUUUACAACCUAAGAUUAUUUCUACGAUUAUGUCAUUCAUUGUCUAACUAUGAGCUGACGAAAAUAUUGACGCGUCCUCUUUACACAGUCGAUGAAUUACUGUCAAUAUCCCUACCACACUGUGAUACUGAUGCUCGAGAAUCAAGAAAUUUGGAACACUGUCAAUAUUCAAAAUCAAUCUAUCAAUAUUAACCAUACGGGAUCAAUAAUAUUAUCAGUAUUGAUUGGUACUCUGAUAGUAUUAUUGACCGUAAGAUGCACGCCUACUUAAUUAAUUCAAGAAUUAUUUUUAUGAUUAAUCUUGUUAAUGACGCAUUAUCUAGUGUACAGAAGCAAUAAUCUACACUUUGAUUAGUUCGAAUUGUCGUCUAUUAAAUUCUUAACCUCAUUAUCAGACAUACAUUCAGUUAGUUACAGUGUUCUUGCGCGUUACACGUUCCUUCCACGGUUACGCAUUGGCGCGAUAUUUAUUAUAAUAAUUCAGAGAGCGAUUUCAGAGAAUUAAGCCACUCAACCCAACGUCCUACAAACACAUCUGAAAAUAGCAUAUUCUAGAUCCUGAAUUAAUUGACAUGAGACAACAACGUUCAUUACAAUAUUGACUUAAGACGCGUUUCACUUAACGCUCGCAACGUUCGCGAGCAUUAUUUGUCCUUGUUUAAUAUUCAAUAAGGAUAAAAUAAUUCCAAGAACGUUGAGAGCAUUAAGUGAAACGCGUCCUUAUAUCAACGUCGUCUUUAUAGUUUUUUGUUUAAAAAUAUAGCCAGUAAAAACUUUUUUAAUAUGUAAAUAAUAAAAUAGGAAUGCAUCGUUGAAAAUAAGAUAUUAAACACUUUUGAGAGAUAGCGUCUCGUAGAAAUCAAAUAUUGGGAGGAGCGCUCACGGAGAGACUUUUAUCAGGAUGUACAAUAUAUCAGAUUUUCAGCCAAUUCCACCGAAAUCCAAUUUCCAUAAGGAUUGCGCGGAGUUCCUUCCUCGUCAUUUCGAAUUCAAUCGUCGAAUCGUGAAUAUUAACGCGGACUUUCAUGUAACGCUACUUUAUGUAACGCUUAUAUCUACCCAGUAGCACUGCACGGGAUUAUUCAUUUUCAAAUGUCAAAAAGCGUCGAGGAAUAACGAGCAUUGCGUGCCGCUGACAAAAUUGCCGCGAUCAGUCGAUUUGACGCUGGCGUCAUUUGCGCGCGAUUUCUUAACAAAUCGCCGUAUCAGCUUCCCGCGUUGCCUAAUACGCGGCAUUAGAACGGCAUGCGCAAAAAUUCGGAGAUACGGAGACGGUGACUAAGCAAAAAGGGGGAAGAUGAAUAAUGGCAAUCUGCUUUCCGAUAUUAAUGAGCGUUUUACGUCACUUACACGACGAGGUGGUCGCCGGUGUUCAAUUCGCCAGCUGCGGCACGCGUAUUAUCAAUGGAAUAUUUGCCGGGUUAUGGAAUCGGAGAAAAAAAAAGCGCGAGGGGAUAAAUUCAAUAGUGAAUGUGAAGUGUAAUUAUACGUCGCUUAUAUAUCUUAAUUAUAGUAGGAAAAGUUGCGCUAAUAUUGGUUUCGUGGCUCUCAUAAUGAUAUUCAUCAGGAGCUACGCAAACAGAAUUAUACGAGAAAACGGUACCAAUGAAAUUAAUGGAUGAUCUUAUUAAAUGCGAGUACCGCGUUUAUAAUAGCGGCCGAUCGUCGAAUAUUAAUGAGCAAAGUUGCAUCUGCCUCGUGGAUCUCUUGUAUUGUUAUUCUCUUGGGUCCACUUUUUAAUCACAAUCUCUUCAAUCGCAGUCAUCGACGUUCUUGAUGCUCCACUUUCCAACUUCAACGACCUAAAUCUUCAUAUUCAAGAUGACUCGAGUGGAAUAAAGCUAACGAUCGAUAAAGAAAAGAGUGCCCGGCGUCAUUUGGAACAAGUAUUUUUACCUGAAAUAUAAAAUCACGAGAAAAAAAGAGACGAGGCAGAAAGAGCACGGUAAUCUGCAUUCUUCGCACAAUGGCGAUCAAUUAAUCAUCAUCGCGACGUGUCUCCGUCGAAUAUUAAACCGAAGUCAAAGACAGGAGAAACGGAAGGGAGAGAAAUAUCAGGUUGAAAUAAAGCGUCAAGGGUGAUUAAGUUGAAAGAGAGGACGCGGCUCGUCAUCUCGGGGGCGGUCCGUCUCCGCGACGGAAGCGGUUAAGACGAACGUGGAAACGAUUCGACGUCGAAAGUUGGUAAGCAACUUGUAAUUUUCCGUAAUCGCGCGAUGUGUAGAGGAGACAAUAAAGCGACGCGAGAGUAGCGAAACGCGAUAACGACUUGCAUUUAGUUGGCAAGCGCGACGUGACAUUAUUGGUACACGGAUUUAUCGGAAUUUCGGAUCUCUCUCCCAUUCUCCGAUAUUAAGGAGAGAGCGUCAGAUGGUCGCCGGAUAAGAGCGGGGAGGGGGAGAGGGAAAUCUAACGUGACAGAGCGAGAGCGCCAAGGACGAUUAAAGGGAGUUAGGCGCGGGUGGAAGUGGAUAGAGACGCGCCACGUCUCUCAUCGAUCGAUCCGUUAUAACGUUCUGCAUUCCGCGGAAAUCGGGAUACGGAUGCGGUCGGGAGCUCACGGGCGGUGGAACAAAGAGAACGGGCCAGACAAAAGUGCGAGAAUCGCGCGAGAAAGAAGGAGGAGAGACGUGAAAAGCAAGCGUGGGCGAGGGUGCGCGACCGGCUAUGCCGAUGGCAUUUCUUAUAGGUGCGGAAUCGCGCGAGAAUGAAUUCCUCUUGACAAUGAGGAGAUCCGAGAGGGAAGGGGGGAGAGGUGGGUGGCACGGUGAUAAAUCUUGCCGCGGUUCGUGACUCCGCGCUCGCGGAGAUCCAUUUAAAGAAUAAACCGACGUUUACACGCAAGAGGGAGAGAGAGAAAGAGAGGGACAGAGGGCAGUUGUUGCCGUGGAAAUUGGGAAAAUAUUUUGUGGAGGCAUACGUGCGCUCGGACAGAAAUAGCGGCAAGUAAAAUAAACCCCGAAAGAAUCACCAGACGACUUAUGAAAAAUGCAUAGGCACUUGGUCCGGUGCAGACCAUGCAAUAUGUAACACGGUUACCGCCGAAACUGCAUGACGACGCUCUCUGGCUUACGCUCUCGCGCGUAAAAAUGAGGUUUCGGGUAGCGAAGUUACCAUCACGAGACAACGAUCCGCUAAGUCUCUAUUUUCUUUUCCAUAACGUGCGCGGCUACUAUCAUUCGAUUUUACGUACACCGAAAAGAAAAUUUGAUAAUAAUAAUUAAUCCUAGAUGACAGUUACUAAGCUUUGAUGAAAUAUGUAAUUAUAAUUAAACAUUCAGUUAAAAUAACUAAAUAUUUAGCAAUAUUUAGUAACCGUUUAGUAAUUAUAUUUAGUAAUAUUUAAUAAUAUUUAGUAAUUACAUUAUAUUAUACCAAUUGGUCACUAUUAAUAUAAUUACUAAAUAUUAGUAAAUAUUUAAUUACUUUAAUCAAACAUUUAAUUGAAAUUAUUUUAUCAAAGCUUCAUUAUUAUUACACUUUUUUUCAGUGUAUAAUGCGGCGAGGAAUGAGAGACGGGCGGAGUAAUUAAAAUUGCGAAAGCACAAAAACGGAAAAUUAACCCUGGUAGCACAAAAAGAUAGUUUCAAUUAUGUUGCAGACAUAUUCUACAGCUCAAUUGUAUAUCAUCACAUUUGUAAUGUCUCUGAGACCAUCUUUUCUUGGAACGUUGCAAUUGCAAUAUUUCUGCAGCCAUCAUGAUUGAAAACUUAAAGAUUAAAAUAUAAAAAAAAAAUCUUAAAACCUUAAAAAGAUUUGAAAUCUUUCUGCAAUGUAUUUCGCAACAUUACAAAAAAACAUGCAAAGAUUCUGAGAUCAAUAACUGCGCGCGCCUUGCUGAGAAGUGUUCACUGAAAAUGUACAUGUCAGCUCGUGCACAGCCGUCGCUCUUAACGUUGAAUCUGAGAUGGAAGAGCAUUUGUCUUAAAAAAAAGAGACACAUAAUAUUUAUAAUUAAUAUAUAAAAUUAUUUUAAAACAAAUCACAUGAAAAAUUAUUUCUUGCUUGUUAUUUCUGAUUUAAAAAAUCACAAACGUGGUUGCAAUAAAAAAAAUGCACAUAUUAGAUUUAUUUUCCGAAUAGAGAAGAUACGUAUGUAUAUUCUUACUAUCACGAUGACAUCCUAUUCUUUUAUUAGAAAUAACAUCGAUACUUUAUGUGAUUUGAAUUCAUAUUUUUAUAUGUUAAAUAUGCACACAUCUUUUACAAAUGUGUUGCAAAUGGAGUCAAAGAGAAUUACAGUGAUCUCACUAAAUCCAAAUGUAACAUUUUGUAAUAUUUUUGUAAUAUGUCUUGAGAAUUGAAGCAAUUUUGACACUGAUUAACAAUCUUGUAAGAAUAUCUUAGAGACAUUACGGAACGUAAAAGUUUCAAUGUUAUAUCUCUGUAAAAACCUUUCUGUGCUAUCAGGGAAGUUAUCCAGUCGGUAAAAACAAAUGAAAUGAAUAAGAACGCAAUCACGUUGAUGAGUGAAUUUUAAACCGACUUUACGAAACGUGUGCUUGCGGAAUUCCGCUGCCAAAGAAGAAUUAAAUGUUUUAACGUAAAGAUAAAAAAAAAGAUAAGUUUGCCAAGUUGAAUAAAGAAAAGACGCCUUUUGGAAGGCUGGAAUUCACGGUGUGCCAUUGAAUUUUCAAAGCAGCGUCGUAUCUUUUUCCAUCGCUAUAUCUAUUCUCCAAUUGGGUGGCUGUAAAGCGAAAGAAGAUACGAGUUCCAACCUACAUAGGAAUGAGACUCUGUACGAGAAAAACGUCGCGUAACCAGCAAAAAUUCACAAGCUCGGGAAUGCCUCUAGAGACGUAAAUGCGAGAUGCGUUGCAAAGCGCGUGUUAUUGCUCUAAAUAACGCGCGCGUAUUCAUAUGUGCUCGCAAAAAGAUAAAAAAAUUUCACGCACCUGAGAUAGCGCCUGGAACUAGAGCGCAGAAAUAGACUCCACGAGCAUAAUUGAACGGACUGGUCCGGCAUAAUAGACAAAUAUUAAUUUUUCGCAAAAAUGUACUCGUCGCAUCGCAAGUCCGCAAAAUAAAUCGCUGCUUAAAACAGUAAAACUCCACUAUUAUCUCGCGUGAUUUAAGAACCGCGUAUUCAUUUCGCGCGUAGGUGUCAAACGUGUGUGGAACAAUAAAAUGAAAUACCAUGAAUCACCCCGACUUGUUCGCUUUUGCUCGAUACACUGAAAAAAAGUCUGAUAAUAACGAUCGAGUCUAGAUGAAAGCUACUAAAGCUUUGGUGAAGUAAUUUCAAUCAAAUGUUCAGUCAGUCUAAUCAAAAUAGUAAUUAUCAUCAAAUGGUCCGGUUAUUACAAACAAAAUUGUACUAUAUGUUAAAUUCGUAAUAUAUGUCGAAAUGUAUCCAUUUGAGUUAUUUUGAAAUUCUGCAUUGUUAUUGCUGUUACUUAAUGUACCGUUAAUUUAAUUAAAACAAUGGAGUUGAACAAUUUAACUUAAGAAAUAUAUUAAAUAUGACUCAAAUUUAGUUUAUUACUUAUUGUGUAUACUAAUAUGAGUUUACUUUAACAUUAAGCAAUUAACUAUAGAAAUAAGUUUUUUCAAUCAAAUGUUUUGUGUUAAAAUAAUAAAUUCGACACAAAUGAAAUUAGAAAUAACAAAAAAGUCAAUAUUUAACUCAAAAAAUUGAUUUAAAUUUGAUCUUUUGACAUUUAACAGUGUAAUGAAUAUGAACAAACGAUUGGUCAUUAUAAUUAUAUUUUAUAAUAUUUAUCAAACAAAAUACAUUUGGUAUCAGACUUUUUUUUACAAUACUCGCACACAUUUCGUAUUGCGCUAUUAAUUCUUUUUUCAGAGUUACGCGAAUCUGCAUACAAUCACUCGCGCGCACAGAGAAUCCCGAAUAGUUCGCCUAACAUUCGCAUUGCGAUAAACACCAUCUUGCUCCGCGCAUAGCAACCUCCUUCCCGCCCCGGCGAGAACAAAAUAGCGAACUAUAUCGAAAUUCUUCGCGAGAUUUAUCGCGCGAUUCGACGCAGACAUUUUUCCGAACGCUCGACGAAUUUCAAUCGUAAAAGCUGAGCGUGUAAAAGUUUAGUACUUAACACUUUGUGCACACGAUGCUUUUAAACACCUUCUCCAUGAACGAUUAGGUCAUUCGCGUUUGAGUUAAUUUUCAUUAACUCUUUUACAGGUAUAAUGAUAGAUAUGGAUGAUAAAAAUAUAUGUCGAGUUAAACAGACUUGAAUAAAAACAACAUACGUUCAAAAAAACCGUCGUGCACACGAUUGUGAGUACAAGAAACGAUUGUACACACACAUGCACGCAUGUGUUGUUACAUAAAUUAAUUAAUUAUACAUAAGUGAAAGAUAGGUUACUCACUCCUCGCCGCCUCCAAUGGUCGCCCGACAUCACCCAGGCCAGCUCCUCCUCUCGGAAUCCUACGUGGAUGCUUGAGCUGCUUCCCCAUGGCACUCUCGCACACAUACACACACAUACACGCGCGCGCGCGCGCGCGCUAAUUAGCGAAACGCAACGAAUACAGGAACUAAUCACGCGGACCGAUAAUUCCCAAUUAAACGUGUCACGAUUUAGGACCGCCUCGUUCUCGUCGCGCCUCUACGACGUUUCGUUGGUCAUCGUCGAAAAUUUCGAUGGGAACAACAACCGUACUCUGGUUUACCGCGCGCGGCACGCUAGGGUUAGGAACGCCGAAUCGAAGAAUACCGGUCGUCGCCUGCUUUCCGUGCACACGCUAUUUAGCGCGAACGCGCGUCUUUAUGAAUUACUAAUCAAACGAGUGUUUUGUUCAAACGCGUCUGUGUAAACAGACCAAAGAUUAAGAUUCCUUUCUGCGCGCGUUGAACGAGCGGCAAUGCGUGCGUGAAAAGUAGGUUAACUGUACGACGCGCCGCGACGCGACGUGACGAUUCGUUCGAAAAUACAGAGAAGCGGAGGAGAGUAAUACAGGAUUCAGUACUCGGCACAAUAUUAACACAAUUUUCGAUCGCGCGAAUUCCGCGAAACGCACGUUUUACUAAUAAAAAAUCAAUCGCGACUUGCUGUUAAUACUCGAGUAUAUGCGCGACUCGCGACACGCCUCGCGCUUUUUAACGAUCUGAAGUUGGCGGACGAACUGCGAGUGCUUCAAUCGAUGCGCGCCGUGCGCGGUAAAAAGUUCAAAUGUUCAAAUCGUUCAAUGCGAUGUAUCUUACGUACGUAUAAGCACGUAAUAAUUAUAUGCUUUAAAUCAACUUGGUUAAUAAGAAAAUUGAUAAGGAUAUGUAUUGUAAUUACGGAGAUCUUUGGUCACAACCGAAGAUUAGCAACAGUCGGUUGUGAAAAUUCUUCAGUGAUUCUUACAUAUGAUUUAAUAUCUCUGGAAAGUAUUUAUAUAGUUAAUUGAAAAAAUAAUUAUAUAUCAGUCUCAUAACUAAUAGCCAAAAUUAGAGAAAUGUACGUUAUCAUAUAAAAUUUCAUAACUUUGAAUAAAAAAUGAUUUAAGAAGAAAUACUUUCAUACUUAAAAAUUGGCAUUCCAAACUGUUAUAAAAAAAAAAAAUUUAUGUGUACAGUUGUUCAAAAAGUUGAGUUAUAUAGUGAUCUGAAUGAUGUAUUUUAAUAUACACGAAUGGACAUAAAUUGAAGAUAUAUUAUAUUUACAUUUUAAAUAAUGUUUUUUUCAACAAAUGUAUGUAGCGUUAAAAAUAUUGAAACUAAUUAUAAGAAAUAUUUUUCAAUAUUAUUGAUUACAUUCAACAAAAAUAUGAUAGCGAUGUUCCUCGCAUUUUAACUCGAAAUAUUAUCGUGUAAAUUUUGAUUUUUUUUUUAAUACCUCGUGAUUCUUUCAAUAUAAAUGAGAAUUAGAGUUUGAAAAUAAAGAAAAAGUAAAAAUUUACAAAUAUAAAACAAUCACAUUCUAUAUACAAUAGGGCCAUUUAUAAUUCAAGACAAUUUUCUACAAAUUUUUUGAAAAGCACGAAACCGGCUGGCAACGCACAAAGCUUUUUUCCCUAUAUCGUUAAAAAUACGCAGCAAAAUUUAAUAUAGCGUAACAAAAGCAAAUUUUAAACAUUAAAAAACUUAAUGUCGUCAAAAGUGCACCAAAUUCCUUGCACAUAUUUUUCAGUAAACAAAUACUUUAAAUUUAAUCUACUUGCAAAAUUUAAAAAUACGCUAAAUUUCAUGACCUUUUUAACAGUGUAGAAUAGUGUAUCAAAUUUUUUCAAAGAAAGGUUAAAGACCGCUAUUCGUCUGUAAUAUUUCAAAGAAAAGAAAUGCGCCAGGUCACUCGUGUCGAAUCGUGUUUACAAAAUGUUAAAAUUACUGAAUUACAGAAACGCGCCGCCGCACCAUCCAUACUUCUGCAAUUUUUAUCUAUCGCGUGUCACCAGCGCCCACGUGUCGUCCCAUCUAUCCCCGUCGCGUUGCCAAAUUUGUAACAUCCGACGUCACAGGCAUCUGCAUUUCAUCUCGUCUUUUCUUAAUUUUUCAACCGUGCGAAACUUGCCAUCGCGUCGCGUCGCGUCGGCUCGCCAUAAAUUCACGGCGCGUGUGCUUGCACCUUCAACAUCCGCGUCCUUUCCACCCCUUUCCACUUUACCACCGUCCCUUCUCACGUGGCAAGAAUUUCAGUGACCGACCGUGUGGAUAAGUUUAUUUCCGAAUAAAACUUGAACGAUGGCCAAGCAGGCGCCUCCGGUUCUUCAGGCGGUCGACUCGCAAAACUCAUUUUCCUCGGUUGCUCGACGACGAACGUUUUUCACUUCCCAUUCCGUCGUUAAUUUCGCCGCCCGACUAGCUGCAGAUUUCCCCGCGAAUAAAAAUUUACAGCCGGCUGAAAUUUACGCUAUUUUUCAUCGCACCCUUUACUUUCCACACGUUUCCAUUCGUCGGAAAACCAUCGAACACAUUUUUCGCCGCCCUGCCACCGCGGGCACAUUUCUCUUUUCACGCUUGCCUUACUUCCUCCCCCCCCCCCACUCUCUCUCUCUUUCUCUCUUUCUCCUGUUUCACUCCCGUUUCUUUAUUGAGGGAGAUGCGCUGGUGAACGCGCAUACAAACGUGCAGCAAUGUGGUUAACGAUUCCAGUUUCGCAGCGAAGUAAAAUCGCACAGCGAUAACAACGGCGAAGCGAAUUCCGGGAUAAAUGUUUGCAUACUGCAAUACAUCAGCAGCCAAGAGCGACGAUUAAUUACACCCAUGAUAAACUCGAAAGCCAUUACGCCCUCGGCGCAUUGUGCUUGUACGCUCGUAGCGCAGCUCGACAACGCGCUUCAAAGACAUUCAAGAAUUCGCGUGUACGCGACGCUUAUUAUCCCUUUCAGGAGUCCGACGAUGCACGUCGGCACUUUCAUUUAUAUUAUGAUUUCAAAACGCGCCAUUCGGACAAGCAAAGCUGGGAUCGUGAAAUUUGCAUCCGGCCACGUACAUACAUACACCGCCGCGCCGCGCGCGACCUACUCAUAAACAAAUAUUAACCAUUCCUCUCAAACCGUUUGGUGAGUCAAUUCUCCUCGAGCGGACCCCGAGGUCGUAAUUAAUUGGCGGCGAAAGGACCGAUAUCCCGAAAUUCGUCGAUAGCGAGAUCCGACGCCCACCCAUGGCGUCGUCACGCCGGUGUGAUAUCAAUCACUCGUUACGGAUCGGUGCGCCCCAUUAUUUAGCCGCGUCAAAUAUUUAUUUACGAUGCCCGCAGAGUCAGGAAGACACGCGCGCGCACACACACACACACACACACACACACAUGCACACACGUACGCGUGCUGCUGCAUGCACUUCAGCGAAAUGGCGCGGACGUUUUCUCUGCACGCGUGACGGGCGUCGUGAAACGACACGAUAUUGGCAAACUUCCCGGCGACAAUUUUUUUUUCUUCCUUCGCCUCCCCUCUCGCCACCUUUCUUGUCCCUUUUUUUCGCCGCCCAUCGGCAUCUCUCGCCGAGAUCAAAUCGGAUUAGCGCCACGCCGAGGAGAGAUGAUACUGGCAAAUAACGUUUCUCCGAGAGGCGCGCAGCGUUAACGUUAUUACCUGCAAUCCAUUUUCUCCUAGGAAGCGCGCGAGCUCACCGCGACUAUUGGUCGCGAUUCUCGCGUUUACAUAAUUCGCAGGUCAGGGAUUAUGACGCAUCGCUUCAAGAGGGAUACUUUAUCAUGUCGCGAGAUACGGAUUUAAGCGCCAUCCUCGAAAACGUCAGCUAAUGCCGUCAAUCAUGAAGAAAUGGGAAGUUGUUAAGGGGAUGCUAAAGUCGUGAACAUAUUUUUAUCGACUGAACAACGACUUACAAUACACACGUACGAUUUACGAAAUAUCGAUACGUCACUAUAUCCCGCCGCAGCAAUAUUGCACGCAUGUAGAUGCGCAAAUUUUCAAGCACACUAAUCUUUCACGUUGAGUAUCCAAGCCAAAAAUUGAGAACGCAACGUUAUUUUAUCGUGUAACCCAAACCUCGGGCCAUUUCCAUUUUGUGCAAACAGACUGCAAAACUUUUAUAUGAAGCAAAUAUUGGCACACGUUGAUAGCUAUAAACGUCAUAUUAGGUCAAGAAUAGGUAAAACAAAUUUAAGUUUCUUAAUUUUUUUUGUCCUCUCUCGGCGUAAAGUCGACCUUUAAUUGAGAAAAAGGUUUUUUAAAUCUGUAAGUACAAUUAGAAAAAUAGUGUGCUGAAAGAAAUUCGCGUUUGAUCGGUGGAACAUGAUAAUUUUAGCAUCCCCUUAAAAGAGAGUUAAGAGCAAACGAUGCUUAACAAUGUUUUGCUUCUCUUUCAAUUGACGACGCAAUAAAGACGGGGAAAAUAAAAUUUGGUGAAACGCGGAAUCGCCGUUACGACAACAUCGACUUGUUGACAUGGAGCGUAAUUGCGAAGAGCAAUGGAGCUUCCGCGACAAUAAUAUUGCCGACGUUAAACUCGCGCCCGUCCCUCGAGGAUUUAUUUGUCAUGUUUGCGUCGAUCAGGAUUUAAGCAAGGACGCGAGCAGAUAGCCGCCGCUGGAACUUGGAGCGUCCUAUAAGGCUCUUAAGUUUAAGUCCCCGACAAGUUGCCCGCCCUUCCGUUCAAUCAUCCCGGUCGACUCGACUGCGAGAGAGUUUCGCGUUCUCUCGCAGAAGUUACUCUCGGGGCGAAGUGAAGCUGGCACGAACAAGCGGUAAUCGCUCGCGCGAGCUUAGCCGUUGCGUCGUCGGAUCGAUGCCGGGAGAAUAUUUCGACGUAACUCAUCCCCUCUCAAAAUAACGCUUACGUCUCAGUGGAGCGAGCGCGAUACGCGGAUGCAGGGAAUACCGGUACUCGGGGGUAAAGAGCAUUCAGAAUCCCGCUCCCGAUAUCCGUUCAAUUGAGAGAAUUGCUCCGCUAACUUUCGCGACGUUACGAACUUUACGACGGUGUCAGAGUUCCGCUCCACAUCGUGUGCACCAGCAUCGGGGAAAGGACCCUGCCAAGUGCCCGCGGCUGUCAAACUUCCCUCAAUAUUUGAACCCUAGUGUAAACAAAUAAAUUCCCACGUAGCGCCGCACAUACGAUCCUAAUGUCCCGAUACCCAUCGUUGCUUUUCACAUGUACGGUUUCUACCCUUCACCUGUCCACCCGAUAGAUACACGACCGCAAAUCGAUGUAACUAUCGUUCCCGUCUCUCCCUCUCUCUCUUCGCGGUACAAACCGGCGAAAGAUAAUAUUUAUAAACCCAAGGAAAAUAGUUUGUGCAAAAGCAACGAUAGCGAAGCUCGAAAAACAUUUCGAGCAACGACGCGUGGAGAGACGGAAAGUGUGCCGCUCGUGCACAACAGACCAUCUUGUCCGCUGACGAGACGCAAAGUCGCGCACAAAUGUUGGCGGGGCGCCACGUACGCGGUGGAAAGUGGAAAGCGAGCACGCAAGGAGGAGCGGCAGCUUUAACAUUUGAUUCUCGUAGUUGCGGCCCGCGAUGCCGCUCUAAUUGUCACGCGCACCCUGGCAUUUAAUCAACCUUGAAUGGCAAACAACAGCGAGAAUUCAUCCGCAAUGUUGGCGCACGCGAAUCGCCUCGAGAGAACGGGCGCGCACAGAGAGCCAGCUCCCCUAAUACGAAUAUAAAUAUUGGCGAGAAUCAACACGUGUCGCGCGCCUCUCAUUAAGAGGCGCUGCGCAGUCCUCGUUUAAAUAACGACCAUUUCAUGACGCGUAUUUUACGCCGGCGCGGCGUGCAAAUUUAUCCUACAACCCAGGGCCCUAUGUCGUCAAGAUUUAUUUGAGAAGCUUCGUCAUCGAACACGCAAAAAAAAACCCUCGUUUCUCGUUUCCCGCGCCUCGCUAUACGUUACGCUAGGGCGUCACAGCAUCCGUUUUACACGGCUGUGUUGAAAACUCUAUCUUUUUUUCAUCGCGAUUUAGUACGCGGUAUUCAGAUUAAUGCAAAUGUUACGUAUAUACCGUGAACGGCGAGUAGCCGAUUUCUCGGUAUAACAGAGAGUAAAUCAAAAUUAAUAAAGGUAAUUAUGAGAUUUCGUUUUGCGUGAGAAUUCUAAUAGGACGUCGCGUCCACAUUAAUCCUGGGGUAACGUAAUAAACGUGCGCGCGGCUCGAAUUGCGCAGCAGGAAAUAUCAAAGUCGUCCGGGAGUAUGUGUGUGUGUCCUUCAUCGUUCGUACACUGUAGACUCGUAUUCGAGAAAUAUAUUACUGUUAUACCAACCAUUGUAGCGCCAUAAAAAAAAAUGAGAAUAGCGUUUAGUGGAAAUAUCUUUAGAGAGAUUCCUUGUCACGGUCGCUUGGACUUCACUUGCGCAUUUUCAGUCUCUUACUUUGAAAGUUACUCGCACGGGGGAAAUUCCGGACGAAUCUCGUCGUCAGCUCGUUAUUUUUAUACUUGUACGUUACGCUAAGGUAAGGCUUUAAAAGCUCUCUCGACUUCACGUUACUAUCACUGUACUAAGACACUCUACAUUUUUGCUGGUAAAAGAAAAACACUCUACUCCACACGUUAAGACUUUAACGAUACUCUCGAUUACUCGUGUUACUCGCGUGCGUGCCCGCCUCGCGGAAACUUGUGGACGUUGCCCGAGCGAGCGGGCGUGAAACUAUCAUUUUGUAGCAUGCCUCGAACAUCGGAGCGAGAAACUGUACGACUUCACUUUGCGAUGAGCAGAGCGAUUUUUCCUAAGGGAAAAGGCAAGUGCAAACACGAACGCGCUAACGGCGCGCCCGCGCCAGUUCACUCCGACCUGUCCGUAAAAAACGGAUGCAAGCGCGUUUUAAAGUUCGCUCCGCGUACGCGGCCUGGAUAUCACUUGAACCUUAGCAAUAAUCGUGGAACACGAUCUAAUUUGUUAGAUCCGUGGCGCAGAUUUUUUUAAUUUGCCGUCGAGCGUUAAAAGCUGUGGUUGCACCAACCAUCAAUUAACAUGAAACCUUAACGUUUUCCCUCCGCGGCGUUUACUCGCGAGAGCCUCUCCACCGCGAUAUCCCGAUAAAUUUGGAGAAUUUUUGAACGCGCCUCGGUAACCAUGUCGCGAAUUAAGGUCCCCUCGAGAUAAAGCGCGCCCGAGAUUAGUUUGGAAAAUAAAUGCUACCCCGUUAUCUUAUUUGCACUUGUAAAAUUUACUUCGCCAUAACUUUCAUGUCAUCAGCGUUAAUCAAAUCCGGUCUCCAAAUUUAUCAAAGGACUCGCAUUAAGUGGAAUUAUAAUCUAGCUGAAGAUAAUGAAUCACUGACCUGGAGUUAGUUAAAUCAGAUUGUCGGUGCAACUCGGCUCAAGUUGUGGACGACGACGACGACGACGCGCAUACCCACGCGGCUCUCGGCGACGUGGUGGUGAAUCACUUCGCCGACGGCGUACGAGAGACGGCCCGGUCGGGGCAAAUUGGUGCCGACGAUGAUUUCCCAGCGAUCGGCUUCAGCAACAGGGCCUCCUUCCCGUAACUCUUCGUUUCCUACCGAGCUAUCACGGCGCGAUCGAAAGUUCUAUUUUUCUAACACACACGUCCGAUUUUCGCUUCGACGCAGUCGCAACAUUGUUGCGUCAAAAGUUGUAAGAUCGAAGGGAACGCACAUCGUUGUCACCGGCCUCGGUCGGGGAAGAGAGAGGCGGCGAAUUUUCGCGAUUUUCCGUCGGGAUUUUUAUCGCCGGCGUUUCGCGCGAUCGAUCUUGGCGGCGGCGGCGGCGGCGUGUCAGGUGGGAGAAGAUUGCGCCAGCAGAGGUAAUCAUGCGCCACAAUAGAGAGCGAGAGGAAGAGAGGCGGAAAAGGAGAAAAAUAGAGAAAUUUUUAAAAACGUUUAAUGAGAAAAAAAAUAAUCCAUCAGCUUCAGCAAGCUUAGCUUUUCCAAUAUCCGCGGGCACCCCCGCGACCCUCUGAUUAUUUUCUUAUAAACGUCGGCUUUUUUUCUCUCCCCCCUCCCCCUUCACUUUUGAAACUGUUUCUCUACUCUGGCGCAAUAAGUUAACUCUGCCGAUGGACUCUUGGCCCCGAGACUAACGCGGAGAACGAAAAAGUGUGAGAGAGAAACGGGAAGACGAAGCGGUGUGCAUCGGGUUAAGUUUACCUUCGUAUAAGGAGUUAUUAAGCGAAAAAAAAAAAAAAAUCGUCUUUAAGCAAUUUUUACAAUUUUCAACGGGAAGCAUAAAUGUAAGAGCCGAACCUCGCUUAGUAAAAUUCCUAGAUGCUUUUCGUGUUAACUGAAUUCUCGUAGUGAACGCUUUGUGAGAGAACUGAAAGUCUCCUCGUAAUUCGCGAAGAGGAGGAGAAGAGAGAUGAGAGCGGAGGUAAACGGCGCGCGACGAAAAGUGCUGAGGGAAAGGAAAGCACGAAAGGAAAUCAAAAAGCCCAACGUGCCUGCUCCAGGCGAUGUUUCCCCAUUUUCUCUACGCUCAUCUCGGCGCGGUGCGGCGCGACGUCUUUUGGCGAGCGGCCGUUCAGGAAAGGCGCCAUUACACGCCGUUGGUGAUUAGCGAUUAACCGAACACCGAGCGUGAUCGGAAUGACGGAAGUGGUAAAAAUAAACGCACCGAGCGAGAAAAGUGAUAGCGGCGAGAGAGAGAGAGAGAAAGAGACCCCCCCGGGGUUAUUACGUAACUAUCGGCCCGGGAUAAUUAUUCCAUUUGUAUUCGUUAGGCGGGCUCGCGCAUUUAUUGUGUGCGCGCGGGCGCGCGCGAGAUCGGAGCGUGAUAGAAUAUCUGUUGCAUCGCGUUGCGCAAGUUUAUUCUUUACGAUUCAACAUAAUUUUAACCGCUUGGACUCGACUCAAUUCCAUUUCGAUGGCGCUAAUGGCUGUGAAAUAAGCGUUUUCAAUGCAAAUUUAAUCCGGCAAACAAGUCUCAGCGUCGCAUUCGUACCUGUGACCGUUUAUCGCCGCGUAUAAUGCAACGCGGCAAUCGGUUUGAAUCCCUUCAAGCGCAUUACGAUAAUUAAUUUAAAGCCGCUGCACCGGUAACCGAUUUAAUUUCGCCAUAUUACCGCGCGAACGAGAAAUUAGUCAUUUUCGUAGAAUGGCUUUCCCGCGGAUGUCUGCGUUCCGCAAUCGAGCGCUCGGCAUCCGCCUCUAAUUUGCGACAAAGGCUUUGAGACGCGGGUCGUCGGCGGUAGACACGCCACCGGAGACAAAAGGCGCGCUUUCGAGGAUAAAGCUGUCGGACGAUCACAUCCCGCGAGCUAUCCGUGUCGCCGUGUCGUCCGAGCGCAGCUGGAAUGGAAUUGCGCUCCGCGUCACGGUGGCCUCCGAGAUUUGGAAUUUUUAUCACGAUUUCGCGAUAACGCGUUCGCGAAUUUCGCCCGUAUUUCCACUGCUCGCGAAAAUAAACGGCACUUUUAUGGUGAUCAGAUUCGAUCGGAUUCGACGCGUACGGCCAGAUUUCGAUAAGAGUUUUCAAGAUCUACAUUCCGUAUUUCCGGCCUUCUCGUUCCCGCUUUUCCUUUUUUCUUUAUUAAUAGCCAGAGAUAAAUCAGUUGCAGCUUUAUACGUGCCUCGAGAAGGAUUGUGAGGCUUAACCUUCUGUAACCCAUUUCCCGAUUGUUAUUGAGCCACUCCGACUAUAUUACUCCUCCGGGAGGCGUUGGUUAUUUCACAAAGAUACAUGAAUUGAUAUAUCUAUCACGGUAGCGUGAAAAUAGAUGUUAGGACGUUAUUUUAUUGUGAGUUAUAGAAGGUUGACGUAACGAGAGCGUUCACGCGAUUAUAUAGAGUACCCAGAACUGUUACCACUUCUCUCAUUUAACGAUUUCUUUGACCAUCCCUGAUACAAUUCUUUUCUUAGCGAGACUAUUGCUUCAGCGCGGCCCCCUUUUUUGAUACGUCACGUUAUCAAAAGAUUAUUAUGACCUGAAAUAAAUUUUUGAAUCAAUGCGCACGAGUGCAAAUUAUUGGCAGGUAUAGAAAUUCCUAUACUUCGUUCAACGAUAACUUAGUACAAGUUUAAUAUUAUAUUUGAUAUUGAACAUUGAAAAAUUUGAAAUAAAGAAAAUAUCGUUCAACUAUAUUUCUCUGAGACUUACAACGGUGGAAGAAAUACAGAUGGAAAAAGUAACAGUUUUGAGGGACCGUCUCUCGAUGUACUAAUCCUAAGUUUCACUCCAUGGGAGCGGAUUUUAAGUUAUAAGCAUCCCCGCGUUAAAUAUAUACUACUUGGACUGUAUUGCGAAAUUGCCAAGUGUAAAUACGACGGUUAAUACCGUGAAUUAUUCAUACGUUUCCUAGUCACUUCCGAGGACAGGCGCCCUGGGAGGGCGCGGACAAACCUAAACGGAAUUGCAAUGGAAUUGAACGGAGAUACGAUGCUCUGGGAUAAGCGUGAGUUUUUUCCGACAUUUCUCUCCACAAUUAUACCUUCUCUCACUCUCCCUCUAUUUUUCUCUCACUCUCUUUCUCUAUUUCUCUCCACUUGUUUUACGCAUCGGCGACCUCGAAAAGUGCGCGGCUUUUCGAUGAUAACGUUAAAAAUAAAAGGAAAAAAAGUAUAUUCUCUAUACUAUAGUAAGAUAUUGCUAUUCUUAAGCGUGCGAGAUGCACGAAGGCUAUUCUAAUGUGUACCGUUAUACUUAUCGCUACUUGUACCGCUACUAUUACCGCUAGUAUGUACUCUAACGCUAACUACUGUUACUAUAUUUGCAGCAACGUGCGAAACUUUUCCGUCUAAAUGCAUAAUAUACAUUCUCGAGAGACACGCCCAUAAACACAUACUGUCCACACGUACACGCGCGUACACUACUCGACAUUGCAUCCGCUCCGUGCACACGGAAGGAGAACACGACACGUACACUUAAUAAACGGCAAAAUCAUUGUUUUACGAACUUUCUGUGAUAAUUAUUAACAAUCACUAAAUACGAGGAGAAAUACUAAGUACGGAGCGAAGAAAAUGGAGCGAGAUGACGGAAAGUCUAACGAAGGAGGAAAGAAAAUGCACGAUUAUAAGGGAUAGGGAGCGCGGUGCUGAUGGAACAAAAGGCGUCUUGUUAGGUGAUAUAAAAUUAUUGUUCCGUAGUUUGUUGUACGAUCGACGAUCCGUUGUAAUGGUUGCACUUGCUCUGAUCCUGCAACAGAGACAAAAAAGGGGGAGAAGAAGGAGGAGAGGAAAGAACGGAAGCAGAGAGCGAAUGCAAACAGAUAACGCGACCUCGAGACGUUGCUCGGUUACCACAAAAAUCUAAGCGCAUUGUUAUUUUGUAUGGUCCCAUGCGUUUUUUCUAAAUGACGACAUCGUGACAUGCGAUAUGAUGGCGAUUAAUAAAAAUAACUUCAAGCACA